CAAAGCUCACUUUAUAUUUCACUUCAUUCAUUGAGAAGACAACCGUUUUAUAAUUUAUUUUGUAAACUUUUCAAACUCACAAUAUAAAAACAUAAAACCGACAAAAAUAAACGCAGACUCGUUUCGAGAUGAAUAGCUUAAAGGUUCGGCAGAUCACACGACUUGCGCGCAACUUCGGCACAACCACGAAAAAUAAUUUUAAAGUGGCUGUGGUUGGUGCUUCUGGUGGCAUAGGGCAACCAUUGUCUUUGCUAUUGAAGCGUCACGAACUGGUGUCUAAGCUCUCCAUAUACGAUGUUAUGCGGACGCCUGGUGUGUUCACAGAUCUGUCACAUAUCGAUACAAAGGCGAGUAUUGAGGGCUUUCAAUGUGCCGAAAACUUACCAGCCGCUUUGGAUGAGGCGCAAGUUGUAUUGCUUGUCGGCGGUGUGGCACGUCAGCCCGGUAUGAAGCGUGACGAUCUAUUUAAUAAGAAUGCGAGUGUUGUGGAGGAGGUUACAACGGUUGUGGCGGCAAAAUGUCCGAAAGCGCUAUUUGCCAUAGUAACAAAUCCCGUUAAUUCUUGCGUACCGCUGGCAGCUGAAAUUCUAAAAAAAAAGAAUGUCUUCGACCCCAAACGUUUGUUUGGCGUGACCACACUCGAUUUAGUACGUUCACGCACUUUUAUUAGUGAAAUAUUGAAGGUAGCGCCCUCUAAAGUACUUAUGCCCGUUAUUGGUGGUCAUUCUGGCAUAACAAUUGUGCCAGUACUCUCACAAUGCAAGCCGCCGUUGAAACUCGAUAAGGAAAAGACAAAAAAAUUGGUCGAACGUAUACAACAUGCCGGCACAGAGGUAGUUAAGGCUAAAGAUCUGGAUGGUGGCGGUUCCGCGACGCUCUCAAUGGCACAUUCAGCGGCCGUCUUCACAGAUGCUUUGCUGAAAGGUCUGAAGGGCGAUUGUCCGCCGGUGAAGUGUUCGUAUGUGGCUUCCGAUGUUACUGAGUGUGCUUUCUUCUCGACGGCCUUGAAGUUGGGCAAAAAUGGUGUGGAAAAGAAUCUGGGUUUGCCGAAGUUGAAUGAAGAUGAGGAGAAAUUGUUUUGCGCAGCGGUGGAGCAGUUGAAAAAGGAUAUCCAAAAGGGUGUAGAUUAUUUUAAAAAGAAAAACAAAGAUGACAAGAAGGGUAAGAAGUGUUAACGGGCGGAGAUAUCACGGAUUUAAAUUUAGUUUUCUUUGUAUGCUCUCAUUUUGCUUUGAACCAAAAAUAUGAAUCUCUUAUGUAUGUUUGUAUAUAUA